CGCGUUCCUCCCAGCAACGGCACACCAGCACCAUCCAUCCCCCACCCCCACCGCGCACUCCACCUAUAUAUUUCUCCCGGCCUCGCAGCCCACCGCAACACAAGCCAAACGCACGCAAUCGGAUCCCACGGCAAUCGCCCGCGCGCUCACACACACACACACACACACACACUCUUCAGCUCACGCUCGCUCGCUCUCGCGCGGGAGACGGGGGGAGCCUGAGGCUUCAUGGGCAACUUCGCGUCGUGCACGCUGGCGAGGACGGCCGGGGCCGGGAGUGGGAGGGGCGCCAGGGCCGUGCUCCCCGACGGGCAGGUGCGGCAGGUGGCGCUCCCGGCGACGGCGGCCGAGCUGAUGCUCGAGGCGCCGGGCCACUUCCUGGCGGACGCCCGCGCUCUGCUCCCGGGCCGGCGGAUCGACGCGCUCCCGGCGGACGAGGAGCUCCAGCGCGGGGUCCUGUACGCCGCGCUCCCCAUGAAGCGCCUCGGCGCCCCCGCGGCGCCCGCCGACUUGGCGCGCCUCGCCGCCAUGGUGGUCGCCUGCGGGGAGAAGGAGAAGGCGCGGACGAGGAGAAGGAUGUCGGCGUCCUCGCCCGCCGCUACGGCCAAGGUGGCCGCCGUCGUGGCGCCGCCCAGGGUCCUGGAGGCCGCCGCCGCUUCCGUUGCAGUGGAGGAUGACGCGCCGAGGCCGAGGGCGCCGAAGCUGGAGGAGAUGGCCGUGGACGACGCGGCGGCCGCGGCGGAGAUCGAGGAGCUCAAGCAACGGCUCAGCGGCGGCGGCAGGCGGUCGAGGCGGCCGACGCUGGAGACCAUACAGGAGGAGAGCUACGCGCCGGCGAGAUGCUGAUGCAACUCAAUGGUCAACACCAACCAAGCUGUAGAGAUGGCAAAGGCUGUCUCAUAGCCUCAUAGCUUCUUUUCUCUUUCUUUUUUCUUCCAUAUUUUCCUGGUGCUGCCUCUUUUUUCCAUGCAUUUUGGGGAGAGGAAAUUAAAGGGGACAUGAGUUGGAUUAACAGGAAUUUGGAAAGUGAUCAAUAGCAAUUAAGGAAUAUGAGGAAUUCGCUUA